AUGUGUGAUGCUGAAUCUGAAUUUGUUGAAGGACAGCCGUUAAAACUGCUUCCAGAAAUGGAGAUCAAUUUUGAUGAAGUUUUAGCGCCAGGCGAUUUACUUUAUGUUCCACCAGGAUUGUCGCAUUACGGUGUAGCAGAAGACGAUUGCCUAACCUACUCUUUUGGUUUCCGUAUGCCAAAUAUUGCCGACAUGAUGGACCGUGUCAGCGAUAAAUUUGUCGAAGACCAACAACUACGUAAUCCGCUUAUCGACAUCUUACGGAAUAAACAAAACCCGAUUGGGCAAGUGACACAAGCUGAACUCAAUUAUUUAAAGGCUGAAUUGUUGUCGAAAUUAAACAAUUCUAAAGUGUUAGAAGAUGCCAUUAUGAGUCUAAUGGCUGAAGCAAAAUGCAUGGAAGAAAUCCGCAUUACAGAACAACUUCUUCUCACGCCACAUCACUUCUUCACAACGUACUGA